UCAGGCUAAGACCAACCCCCGAAGCUGAUGCAUGUUUCAGCUAAGGUCGCACUUCACUCCCUCUGCCUCGUCAGUUUGACUGUGACUUACUUGGUGUGCUUGUCUGGAUUCUGAUGACUGAACAGCAAAUGAAGUGCAGGAUAAAAGUAAUACUACAACAUUUCCCAGUGCAUGUCUAAGCUCUCUAACCAGGCAGAGCUCAAAACCACCCUCUGCUGGCAAAAAGGGGCAAAGAAAACAUCUGAGGAUCCUGGAGGAUUACACUGUAUAUGCUGCAUGUAAUCCCUCUAUGUAUUGAAAGGGCUCUGGCAUUUUCUGUGAGAGUGGGUAUCCAUUUGAUAAAUUCUUCACCGCUCCUACUACUGAAAGCAUAUCAUCAAAGAUGACUUUGUAGCUACUGAGUGCACACAGAAUAGAAGAAAAGCAACAUCAGGCAUGGAGGCUUUAAAUUCUUCCAGUAGAGUGACUUCAGCUUCACCCCCCACCUCCACUACUCCCUCAUGUUCAUGCUACCUGCAGUUCUUCUGUGAAUACCAGGACAAAUCUGUCAUUGAAAAGCAUUACAACUACACUGAGAAGCUGAGCAACCGUGAUAGGCUCAAACCUGAAAGCAUUGCCUUACUGGUGGUGUGUGUCCUCAUCAUCCUGGAGAACACUGUGGUUCUGCUUGCCAUUUGGAGGAAUAAAAAGUUCCACCUGCCCAUGUAUUACCUGCUGGGAAACCUGACUCUGUCAGACUUGCUGGCUGGUAUUGCCUACAUGGUCAAUAUCCUCCUAUCGGGAAAAAAUACUUUAAAACUGACACCAGUGAUGUGGUUCCUCCGGGAGGGAGGGGUCUUUAUCACUCUGGCUGCCUCUAUAAUUAGUCUACUAGCCAUUGCGAUUGAACGCCAUGUCACUAUGGUGACCAUGAGGCCGUAUCAUGGGGCAAAGCGGGGACGCAUGUUGGCACUAAUUGGUGCGAGCUGGGCCGUGGCAGGGUUUUUGGGAAUCCUCCCAAUAUUGGGAUGGAACUGCAUCCGCAGACUGGACCAGUGUUCAACGGUGCUCCCGCUUUAUGCCAAAAGCUACAUUCUGUGCUGUGUGUCUGUUUUCAGCGCUGUGCUCUUGGCCAUCGUGGUGCUUUAUGUGCGUGUUUUCCGCAUCGUCCGCACCAACACACAGCGCCAGCGGCUCGGCUUGUCAGGCAGCAUAAGGAAGGGCUUAGCCAGGAAGUCAGAGAAGUACAUUGCUCUCCUCAAGACAGUCACCAUUGUCUUGGGAGUCUUCAUCGCUUGUUGGCUGCCCCUUUUCAUUCUCCUCCUGAUAGAUUUUUCCUGCCCCAUCCGUGGAUGCUCUGUGCUCUACAAGGCUGAGUACUUCCUGGGAGUAGCCAUUAUCAACUCGCUCCUCAACCCCAUCAUCUACACACUGACCAGUAAGGACAUGAGGAGGGCCAUUCUGAGGCUCCUCUGUCGGCCGUGUCUAAUGACGUCGGAUGGGCAGGUGAAGAAGAUUGGGAUGCCGUUCCUGGAGUGCAGUUUCAGUAAAACUGAGGUGCCCUCCCAGAAGUUAGAACCGGGUCUGGAGACCACCAUUUCAUCUGGAAAUGUCAUCACCACUCCAUCUACAAUUAAAGCCCUAUACCCCAAACUUUUCAAGUCAUAAAGACUUUGACUGACUGUGUCCAAAAUGUGUAAAUGGGUUUCCCGCUCAAUAGAGGAUAUGUAGCACAUCCACUAUUGAGAAACAGUUCUGUGGUUUUUUUUUUUUCAAAGAGACAAAGAAAGGGGGGCGUAUGAAAGACGAUGACUCACCUUUGACAGUGUGGCGCAGUUAUGGCAAUAUAACUGAAUCACAGAAUUUCAUUUUGAUGAAGCAUACCAAACCAGAGAGCAAAGGAUGUAUUUCAAAUGUGAACACGUAAUGGUUUUUAUGUAUAUGAUGCUAGCAAUAUGUCUCCUUUAUUAAUUUGCACUGACAUAUGCAACCUUGGACUCAAUUAUUUUCCUGGGCUUCUGUAUUUUGUGUGAAGCUUAGAAGGAUGCUUCUGUAAACUCAAAGAGUGAAAGACUGAAAACUAUGUACUUGCUGGAAUAAUAUGGAGGCUAACGUUUCUCCUCUUGCAGUUUCUUAAGUGCCUUAAAGUCAGAAUUAAAACUCCUAACAGUUACAGUGUGUAAUCUGCAGACACCUGGAUUUCGCUGGUUCGAAGACUGAUCGUGUGCUAGAUUUGCACGCGUAGAUGUUUGGUUACACAUAUCUGUGUAUGUGAUGCAAAGGAAUUAAGUUGACAGGAAAGAGGUGGCACCCUUCUUGAAAUUACUGAAUGCUGAAUGCAAAUAAAGUAUGUGGGAGAGGAGGUGCGGAAUUAAAACCCCCUGACAGUUUUGAAAUGACAGAUGGUUAACCUAUCUGCGGUAGACGUGGAAAGUUGUUGGGGUCGUGUCCAGUUUUUUUGAAAUGUCAGCCUGACAUCUGCAGUAAAAACUGCUGCAUUUACAAAAUGUCAGCAUACUUAGCAUGGGAUUAACUGAAAGAUAAUGUUACAAGUAAUGUUUACUUUCCACUGGCUGACAGCUUAACUCCAACUGAAACCAAAUCAGCUGCAGUUGCAUCAUGUCAAGGCUUUACAUUGCAGCUUGUGAAGAAGACAACCUUAGGAAAACGUUCAUUCAGCUGCAUCACAAUUUUUAUGGAUUAAAAUAUUUCUGCCUUUGUAAGUUACAGAUCAUUCUAAUCUGGUAUAAAUUUACCGAGCAAUUGUUUCAGUGCUUCCUUUCAUCGUUCAUCAAGUUAAUAGAACAUUUCAGUUAAAGGUACUGAAUGAUUUUUAUUUUCUUACGUCAUUCAAGACUUUAAUUGAUUAAAUGAGGUUGUGGGUUUUUUGUACUAAAAUGUAUGUAGUGAACUUGAUGUAUUUGUGAGCAUAUUUUAUAUAUCUCUAUUGUAAAUUAUAUAUAUAUUUUGUAACAAGAAAACGUUAGCAAAAUUUGUGUUUCUUUUCAUAAAAGAAAUAAAGUGUUUCUCUAAAACAUUCCAAUGGGUUUUCAAUUUAUUUUCACUGUUAGUACCCUGCAGCAUUCUUAAGUGCAUCAGUGUGUAUUACUGUGUUAGUGUAGCUGUGGUUAAGCGAAGAAGUAUCGCAGGAAGUCAGCCUCCCUCAUUUCACAUCUGGUAAUGGCAUUGACCUAUAUACUUCAACUUUAGCCCGUCUCAGUAUGGCUUAACCUCCACACAAUGCCUCUUUUAAAUAAAUACUUCUUAACCAGUGGUUAAGAGUUACUAUCACCUCACACUAAUCUGGCCUCCACAUUGCCAGUCAUAGUUAACAGCCGUGUAAUCUCUCUACAUGUUAUGUAUCCAGUUAAGCUACAAUUGAAAGAUACUGAUUGAUUUGCAGAAAACUAAAAGAAGCUGCUAAAUGGUUUUUCAGUUGUUGUUGUUGUUGUUGUUUUGUCAGGCCACUGUUAAAAAAAAAGUCAAUAAUGCAAAGCACGUCUAGUGUGACAGACAGCAGAUUUUUUUCAUGUGAUUUUAACUGUCUUUGCCCUAAAGGCAUUCUGCAGUCAACCAUAAACCCGUCUUCCAGGGGUUUGCUGUAUCCACUGUGCCUGCUGGCAGAGGUCAUCAAGUCAGGGAAUCUUUCCUGUCCUCCAGCUUGAUUUUUGCUGCAGCAGACUCAACUGUUCGAAGUCAUGACCACCAGUGACUUAUAAAUAAAAGAAGUUGGUAUGUGGUUUUUCAGGGUUUUUUUUAAAUGUCACACCACUGUUAGAAAUAAGCUGUCAAUAACGCCCAGCACACCAAGUGUAAUAGUGCACCCAAUGUAACCUUUAAUAAACACUGAACAGUAAGGUUUUGUUUUGUUUGUUUGUUUUUUUUCCUGUCAACCAGUGAUUAAGAAUGACUAUCGCCUCACUCUCACUGGCCCUUCACAUCGACUAUAGUUAAAAUAAGGAAAAAUUACACAGCUGUUAUGUAUCCAGCUAAUUUAGCUCCUAUAGCAAGAAAACUGUGUUUAGUGCCUGCAUUUAUGUCUACAUUUGUCUUAUAAUACUGCCAAAGUUACAGUUAUGAAGACAUGGUUUUUAAUGCUAACAUGCAAAUCUGGUAAAGACUGUUGGUUGAUUUGCAUGAAGCUAAAAGAAGCUGUUAAGUUCUUCACUUGUUUUUCAGUUGUUGUUAUUUUUUGUCAGGCCACUGUUAAAAAAUGUCAACAAUGCAAAGCAUGCCUAGUGUGAUAGAUAGCAGAUAUGUUCUUGUGAUUUUUACUUUCUGUGGCCUAUAGACAUAAGCCCUUCCUGAUGGUGCUAGAAUAACUCUGAUAUGAUUUGUACAGUGCAGGUGUUCCUCCAGAUGUUUGCUCUAUCCAUGAGAACUGUGCCUCCUGGCAGAGGUCAACAAGUCAGAGAAUCUUUCCUGUACUCUGGCUUCCAUUCUGCUGCAACAAACUCAGCUGUUAUAAGUUAUGACCCUUGAUAGGCCCUUGAUGCCACAGGCACAAAUGAAAAACCUGUACUUUUCCUUGCUCUAGCAGAAUUUGGGAAAUUACAGAGCUGGGGAACUGAUAGUCCAAGUGUGAGUGCACUCUUAACCAACACUUGGACUAUCAGUGUAUAGGAAGCAUCCAUCUAGAAGAGCAGUUUGGUGCCUCAAGGCUUACUUCAGCUUUUUCCUCUGAUUGGAUCUUUACGCAGACACACAACAGAGUCUUGGGGGAACUCUAAGUGGUGUAUGAAUCAUGACUUGUCGUUUCAUAUCUAGGAUUUGCCAGUCCUUUCAGCGUUAAGGUGUAUAGAUGGAAUGUUAUCAUGGACUGCUUGAUGUGAUGAGUGGUGAACUGUGGUUGCAGAGCAACAGGGCUUAAAUGUCUUGGUUAUAUUAUGGCAGCUCGUUCCACAGGAGUAAACUCAAAAGUGAAUGUUUAUGCUUGCAGUCUCACAGUUAGCUUUUGGUGCCACCUUUUGGCUUUUAGGCAGAACAUCAAAUUCUGUGACCUGAAUUACGUGUUUUGGAAGGAGGGGAAAAAAACCUUAGUGGUGUGUCAGCACUGCAAACAGAUUCCUCCCAAGCUCCUGUGCUAUGUAGGAGUCAUUCAUGUUUUAAAGCAGAACUGCAGGAACAUUAUAACCAUGUCUCUAGAGCACACACCAUUAUGUCUGAGCAACAUAGUGAUCGUUAAACAAUGCCAGUUUAGUAAUUUCCUGCUGGGGUUUCAACAAUUACUCAUACAGUUUUAAAGCAGUGUUACUGCAUUAUUCUAGUUAUUUUCUCAUAAUGAGAUCCCUUUUUAAGUUGCUAAAAUAAGUACCUGUUUUGCAGUUUUAUCCUCUAUAUGGUAUUUAUAACAGAUUUUGAUUGACGUUAAUGCUGCAGUUUUUGGCUCCCUGCCAAAAUUUGGCCCAGCUUUUCCUUCGUUUUAAGAAUUCCUUCUCAAUAAAAGCCCCCUCCCACGGGGAGCGUUUGUCUGCCAUUAGUAAUAAACAGAGGCGGGCCAACGCUUUGGUGGCGAGCUCUUAUUGUGAAGGCGAGAUGAGGCCGGUACAAUGCUUAGUCACGCUGAGUUACAGCUUUCCCCUCCUUUCUGUGUGGCUCGGGGCUCGGCAGACCGCGAUGGAGGAAUUGUUCUAGACUACGCUGUCAGCUGAACCAACUGCUUCUUAGUAAGUAAACAAACAAAUAGGUGGGCAUCCUCAAGGAAGGCUUCUCCAGAGAAAACAACGAAACACCGCUACCACUUCAUUCCUAAAGGCUCAACUGCCUCACCUAGAGUCUCGGACUCUGAAUAGCUCUUUUGAAGACAGCUUUGAUUAUUACUUUUUGUAACAAAGCAAUAGAUUUUAUUUUAUUUUUUUAUCACUGUGCAAGAUUGAUCUGCACAGUUUGUGAAUCUGGCACAGCUCUUGAGUUGUUUGAUUGAAGACUUUUUGAGCAGUCAAAAUAUAUUUGAUUAGAAGGCUCAGAGGAAGACAAGAUAACAGAGACGUACUGCAAACUGACUGUUUAUAUUGCUGGGUAUGAUUAAUACGUUUCUGCUGAAA